ACAACCACCCACUUGCCACCCCAUGGCUCCGGAGAGGAAGAACAGCGAGCUGGAUGGCUAUGCCUUCUCAAGCAACGGAGCAGGGCGCUUCUGCAAGCUGCCUCAAGGCUUAGAGGAAGAAACCCUCUCGGUGGAGCACAGCAGAAGCAAACUUGCCUACUGUGUUAUGGAUGUCCCACCAUGGUAUCUGUGCAUCCUUUUGGGUGUUCAGCACUGCCUGACGGCAUUUGGUGGCCUCAUCGCCAUCCCACUCAUCCUAUCCCAGGCACUGUGUCUGCAGCACGAUGCCCUCACUCAGGGCUACCUCAUCAGCACCAUCUUCUUCGUCUCAGGUCUCUGCACCCUGCUGCAGGUCACUUUUGGGGUCAGACUGCCCAUACUCCAGGGGGGGACAUUCACCUUGCUGGCCCCCUCCCUGGCCGUGCUGUCCAUGCCUGAGUGGAAAUGUCCUGCCUGGACACAGAACGCCUCCCUUGUGAACACCUCCUCGCCAGCCUUCAUCGAGGUCUGGCAGAGCCGCAUGCGGGAGCUGCAGGGUUCCAUCAUGGUUGGCUCCUGUUUCCAAAUACUGGUGGGCUUCUCAGGCCUCAUAGGCCUCUUCAUGCGGUUCAUCGGGCCCUUGACCAUCGCGCCCACCAUCUCCCUGAUUGGACUGUCUCUGUUUGACUCAGCUGGCACCAGUGCUGGGAACCACUGGGGAGUUGCUGCUAUGACGACAGUCUUGAUCAUCAUUUUCUCCCAGUAUCUCCGGGACAUGUCUGUCCCCUUCCCUGCAUACAACAAGACCAAAAGUUUCCAUUCUGCAAAAAUGUACAUAUUCCAGAUUCUUCCUGUCCUUCUUGGCAUCACGCUGUCCUGGCUCGUUUGCUACCUUCUGACCACUUAUGAAGUCCUGCCAUCCCAUCCAGAGAAGUACGGUUAUCAAGCUCGCACAGACCUGAAGGGUGAUGUCAUAGCCCAGGCACCCUGGUUUCGGUUGCCCUACCCAGGUCAGUGGGGCAUGCCAACGGUGAGCCUGGCAGGUGUGUUUGGUAUACUGGCAGGGGUGACAUCCUCCAUGGUGGAAUCUGUGGGAGACUACCACGCCUGCGCCCGGCUCUCAGGAGCCCCUCCUCCUCCCAAGCAUGCCAUCAACCGGGGGGUGGCUAUGGAGGGGGUGGGCUGCCUGCUGGCUGGUGCCUGGGGAACAGGCAAUGGGACCACCUCCUACAGUGAGAACGUGGGGGCACUGGGCAUCACCAAGGUGGGUAGCCGCAUGGUGAUUGUAACCAGUGGUAUCCUGAUGGUGAUUAUGGGGACUUUUGGAAAAAUUGGAGCCAUCUUCACCACAAUACCAUCCCCCGUGAUAGGAGGCAUGCUCCUGGUCAUGUUCGGGGUCAUAUCUGCAGCCGGAGUUUCAAAUCUGCAGUAUGCAGACAUGAACUCAUCCCGGAACAUCUUUAUUUUUGGAUUCUCCAUGUUCACUGGGUUGGCCAUUCCCAACUGGAUUCUGAAGAACCCUUCAGCUAUAGCGACAGGACUAAUAGAACUGGACCAUGUGCUCCAGGUGCUUUUAACCACCAGCAUGUUUAUGGGGGGCUUCUUUGGAUUUGUUCUAGACAACACCAUCCCAGGCUCCAAACGUGAGCGGGGUCUUGAAGCAUGGAGUGAGGCUCACCAUGAGGACCCAGACAACUUUCCAGAGAGCAGUAUGGUAUACAACCUGCCCUUCAGCUUCAGCUCUCGGCUUUCCUCUUCUUUCUCUUCCUCCUGGAUGAAAUGGGUAUGCUAUUUGCCAUUCUGCCCUCCAACCAAGUCCAUAUCCCAAGAACAAGACCCUCUUGGAAUUAUGGAAAAUAAAGCAAAGCCAGAUCCUCCACAGAUCGCUAUUGGAACAGCUUUGUGAGUUUUCAGCCCUUUCUGGGUUUCAUGUCAAAAAUAAGGCAGCUGUCAGUGAGAACUUGGACCUCGAUUCCAGGCUGAAAUACAUGGGAUCUCUUUUUUAUACACUCUCCCCCUUUUAUCACAC